AUGCUGGACCUCCUCAUCCUGGGCCUCCACUUCUUCAUCUGCUUCCUCAUCUUCCUCGCCAUCUGGCGCGGACCUCGGGAUGCGGAUUUGCGCAGCUCAAGCAGAGGAGCAGCCGACACGGGGCCGGAUGGCCUGAUAUUAAUUGGCCAAGAAGAUGACAUAAAGAAGUCCCAAAGACUGACAGCCAAAGUCAACGGCAGAGAAAUAGUUGUUUUCUACCACGAAGGGAAAUUUCACGCUCUGGACUCUCGCUGCUACCAUGAAGGAGGCCCCUUGUGUCUUGGAGAAAUAGAGGACAUCAAUGGCCAAGCAUGUGUUGUUUGUCCUUGGCAUAACUAUGUAAUUACCCUGGAAACAGGAGAAGGAUUAUAUGAAGGAAUAAACCCUUCGGAGCCAUCACCAACCCCGAAGUGGCAAUCAAAAGGAGUCAAACAAAGGACUCACAAAGUCACAAUAGACAAUGGGAACGUUUAUGUCAGUCCUCCAGAUUUGUCUGUAAGCUUUGACUCCGAUUAUUUCGCAGAUAAGUACAAAAACAGUGGUGCUUCAGCCAUGGGGAAACAAAGCAGCUCAUGA